GCGAAGCGAAAAGUGCAGGCAAAGAAGGAAGCAGAGAGAAAGCGGAAAGAAGAUGCACGCAAAUUGCAAGAAGAGAUGCGCAACAAUAAGGAUGAGGAGCUGCUCGGCAGCUGCGGCUUUCGAUUGAAAGAAGCAUUUUGCUCGAUCACAGCUCACUUCCGCCAGAUUUUGCCAGCAGAUUUGCGAAAUCCUUAG